AUGGAUUCGCCGCCAUUCGAAAGUUUCAGCCGCGUGCUAAGCGAGACCAUAGGUCCGCUGUUUGUGAGUGCGAUCAUUGGCGGAGCGCUGCAAGGGGUCAUUGGUGGCCAGGCUAUCUACUAUUUCAAGUACAACAAGGCGGAUCCUCUGGUGAUGAAGUGUCUGGUGUUAUUCGUUUGGGUCUUGAACAUACUGCAUUAUUUUUUGGUUGUCGACGCGAUAUUCAUAUACACGGUCAACGGUCACGGCGACCCCUCUUCGGUUUCGAGAUUGACCUGGAGUGACAUCGCUAUCGUUCUUGUGAGCGAUACCGGUGACCUUGCAGUCAAAAGCAUAUUCUCGUAUCGUGUGUGGAGACUGAGCCGCCAGUGGUAUCUGAGUGUCGCCAUCAUGACCGGCGCUCUCGUCACGUUCUCAUUCAGUCUGUAUUUGACGAUCACAAUGAUCCAGUCACCCAGUGUAAUGCCCAAUGCCGUCGGUACGUUUGGUGCGCUCAUCACGCUCGCGAUUUCCGACAUCAUCAUGUCGGUCAUCCUGGCGAUGGUGUUCUGGAAGCGUCGUUCUGUAUUCCCGACUGUCAACCGCGUCCUUCGGAUGGUGAUUCUAUACAGCCUGGAAACGUCACUAGUAACCAGGUAA